AUGUAUUGGCGCUCUACGUACAUUCUCACAGGCGUUCUAGCUACGUUGAACCUCAUUAUUCCAUCAGCUGGAGCCUCCUCGAGUGAAGGUUAUCCUUUUACUAACGUUUUAUCAAGAACAUCGGCAUAUAUCACGGACAAUGAUGAUUUCGUAACUACGGCUAGUGUCGAAACGACACAAGGUUGGAAGGACUUUUCUCGUUCUCUUCUUCAAAUCAACCGCGAUGUGAAUGAGAACCGAGAAUACACGAAACCCGAAGUAGAUACACUCCUAACCGUAGUGUUAUCCUCCAUUCAGCAAGCAACCGAGACCAAACUCAACCGCAAGGUGGAAAUACUAGGUAUCACCUACCCGGCGUACAUUGUAGACUACGGAUAUCUCCGUAACCUAUUAGACAUCGCCAUAGAAAUACUACCUGGCAUGAACGACGGCACGCAAGUCUGGCCUUAUCUCCAUAGCAUCCGACAAGCAUACGGGCUCAAUACCGCGGAAGCACUUGGCUAUCCUGCGGGAACGGAUAUUGACGACGAAGAGAAUCUCCUAUUACAUUUCGACUAUCAAAAUAGUGUGCUCAAGGCGUCAAUUACUGCCAUUACGGAAAGAACUACUAACAUCGAAAGGCAUUUUCGAAUAGUUGAUUUUGGUGGGCCGAAACAAGUUGCUUCUCCAAAGAGACUUGAAUAUCUAAGCCUCCGCACCAAAGCCCUGAUCAACGAAGAACUUUCCAUACCCUCCAGCGCUCCCGUCCAGCUUACAGAUUUCAAACGCAUCAUCUUCAGCGGCGAUGCACCGGCUUCGGAAUUCAAAAAAGUGCGCGAGGCAAUUAUAAAAGCCGUCCCGGAGUUUUCCGAUCGGUUUCUGGAUGAUAUCAAGCCGGGAUGGGUGGGUGCUGUAGGGGCGGCGAGAAGAGCAAGGGAAUAUAGGUUAAAUCCGCCAGUCAUUGAUAUUGCGGAGCAAAUUUAUGAUAGUGACGGUUGGCAUGAUGAGCUGUGA